AUGGGUUAUGAUACUCUGGCUUUGUUUGUGGCUGUCUUUCCAGAAAUUCUAAGCAGGGUACAGGUCUCCAUCCAAUACUGGGGAAACUCUCUAUGCCAAACAGAUAAAUGGGCAUACAUCUCUAGGGGUGAAAGAAACCAAACCUGUGUACAAGAGUUUGUCUUUCUGGGCCUCUCAUCAGUGCAGACCCAGAUUCUACUAUUUAUUCUCUUCCUCAUCAUUCUGUUGACUCCGCUUGGAAACCUAUUCGUCAUUGUUCUCACCUCCAUGGAUUCUCAACUCUAUACCCCCAGGUACUUUUUUCUAAGAAACCUCUCUUACACAGAUAUCUGUAUUUCUACCAGCAAUGUCCCUCAAGUGUUUGUUCACCUCCUGGUAAAAGUGAAAACAGUCUCCUUUGUCUUCCUUCUACUUGGGAGUACAGAGUGUGCACUGCUGGCAGUGAUGUCCUAUGACAGGUACGUGGCUGUCUGCAAGCCCCUGCACUACUCCAGCAUCAUGACACAUUGGGUGUGUGUCCAGCUGGCUGCAGGGUCCUGCACUAUUAGGGCACUAGUGUCUCUGGUAGAUACCACCUUUACUUUCUGUCUUCCCUAUCAGGGUCAGAACAUAGUUAAUCACUACUUCUGUGAGCCUUCUGCUCCUCGGAAGCUGGCUUCCGCAGUUACCUAUGGCACGGAAAUGGCCAUCUUUGCAAUGGGCGUGGUGAUCCUCCUAGCUCCUGUCUUUCUCAUCCUAAUCUCCUCCUGGAAUAUCAUCUCCACUGUGCCCCAGAUGCAGUCUGAGCAUCACACACAGAUGCAGAGGCUCAAGGCUUGUUCCACCUAUACCUCUCAUCUCAUUGUUGAUCUCUUCUAUGGAUCUGCAAUAUUGACCUACAUGCAGCCAAACUCCAAGACCACAAAGGAGCAUGAUAAGAUGAUAUCUGUGUUCUGCACAGUGGUGACUCCAGUGUUGAACCCCAUAAUUUAUAGCCUAAGGAACAAGGAUGUGGAGAGGGCUCUCAGGAAACUAUUGGAAGAAAGCUUCGCACCCAGAGGCGGUAUGCUAGGGGUCUCACUUUUAGAACUGUGGUAA